AUGCACAGGAAGCGCGCAAGUCGAAGCUAUCAUAUCCGCGUGAGUGCAGAUCAUAUCCGCGUGAGUGCAGAUCAUAUCCGCGUGAGUGCAGAUCAUAUCCGCGUGAGUGCAGAUCAUAUCCGCGUGAGUGCAGAUCAUAUCCGCGUGAGUGCAGAUCAUAUCCGCGUGAGUGCAGAUCAUAUCCGCGUGAGUGCAGAUCAUAUCCGCGUGAGUGCAGAUCAUAUCCGCGUGAGUGCAGAUCAUAUCCGCGUGAGUGCAGAUCAUAUCCGCGUGAGUGCAGAUCAUAUCCGCGUGAGUGCAGAUCAUAUCCGCGUGAGUGCAGAUCAUAUCCGCGUGAGUGCAGAUCAUAUCCGCGUGAGUGCAGAUCAUAUCCGUGUGAGUGCAGAUCAUAUCCGCGUGAGUGCAGAUCAUAUCCGCGUGAGUGCAGAUCAUAUCCGCGUGAGUGCAGAUCAUAUCCGCGUGAGUGCAGAUCAUAUCCGCGUGAGUGCAGAUCAUAUCCGCGUGAGUGCAGAUCAUAUCCGCGUGAGUGCAGAUCAUAUCCGCGUGAGUGCAGAUCAUAUCCGCGUGAGUGCAGAUCAUAUCCGCGUGAGUGCAGAUCAUAUCCGCGUGAGUGCAGAUCAUAUCCGCGUGAGUGCAGAUCAUAUCCGCGUGAGUGCAGAUCAUAUCCGCGUGAGUGCAGAUCAUAUCCGCGUGAGUGCAGAUCAUAUCCGCGUGAGUGCAGAUCAUAUCCGCGUGAGUGCAGAUCAUAUCCGCGUGAGUGCAGAUCAUAUCCGCGUGAGUGCAGAUCGAAUCAAAUCCGCAGUAAAGGCAGCCGGCCCCAGCCCAGCAAGCAACUCGGCACUGGCAGCGCUGCUGGUGGCGGCGAAGCAAGGGGGAGUGCCCAAAGAUGUGAUCGAUCGGAGGAACACACUUAUUAACACCCCUCUCAACAAUCACCUGCCCUGUCCCCUCACCUUCUCCCCGUCAACCCCUGUCCCCUCACCUUCUCCCCGUCAACCCCUUUCCCCUUGCUCCCAGUGUGAAAGCAGUGGGAGUCGGGACCCAGCCCGGCCAAGUCAAAGCAGCCGGUCCCAGCCCUGCAAGCAACUCAGCGCUAGCAGCGCUGCUGGUGGCGGCAAAGCAAGGGGGAGUGAGUGCCCAAAGAUGGUCAAGGCAGGGGGCCCCAGCCCUGCAAGCAACUCAGCGCUGGUAGCGCUGCUGGUGGCGGCAAAGCAAGGGGGAGUGCCUAAAGAUGUGAUCGAUCGAAACAUCAAACGCGCGACAGAGAAGGGGCAGGCGGAUUUUACCGAGAUUGUGUAUGAGUGCGCGUGCACGAGCGUGCGUGCAUAUGUGUCUGUGGUGUGGUGUGAGGUUUACGGGCUCGGUGGAGUCGGCAUAGUGGUGGACGUGCUAACAGACAACAACGCCCGGGCGGCAGCUACAGUGCGAGACGUGGUGCGCAAGGGCGGCGCCAAGAUGGCCGAUCCGGGAUCCGUGCUCUUUAAUUUCAAGAGGGGCCUAUGGUGUCCUCCCCCUUCCAUUUCUCCUCUUCCCCUCCUCCCAAUCACCUCAGGCAAGGCAUGUUGGCCGUAUCAGCAGCCACGGCAGAUGGUGGGGACUGUGGAUGCAUGGGCUGAUGGUGCUCAUUUCCUUCUCUUUAUUCGUUUCAUAUCCCUCUUCUCCACUCCUCGCAGAGAAGGCGUGUUGGCUGUCCCAGCAGCCACGGCAGACCCGGAUGAGGUGUUGGUGGUGGCGGUGGAUGCAGGUAGUGCUGAGGGCGAUUCUUGUGCUCAUUCCUAUCCUUUCCAUUCACCAUCUCCCAACCACCACAGGGAAGGAGUGUUGGCCGUACCAGCAGCCACGGCAGACCCAGAUGAGGUGUUGGUGGUGGCAGGGUAUGCAGGAGCUUUGAGACGUCUCAAAACGAGGAGCUUUGAGACGUCUCAAGACGAGGUGUUGGUGGUGGCAGGGUAUGCAGGAGCUUUGAGACGUCUCAAGACGAGGAGCUUUGAGACGUCUCAAGACGAGGUGUUGGUGGUGGCAGGGUAUGCAGGAGCUUUGAGACGUCUCAAGACGAGGAGCUUUGAGACGUCUCAAGACGAGGCAAGGUGUGCUGGCGGUCCCAGCAGCCACGGCACACCCAGACGAGGUGCUGCUGGUGGUGCUCACUCCCCUCCCUUGCUUAUCUCUCCUCUCCCCCCCUUUAUAAUCACUUUCAGGGAGGGCGUGCUGGCGGUCCCAGCAGCCACGGCAGACCCAGAUGAGGUUUUGGUGGUGGCGGUGGAUGCAGGGGCUGAUGACGUCAUCAACCCUGGGGAGGACAUGGCUGGGGGAGGUGGAGGCGGAGGGCAUGGGGAGGAGGGCGAGGAGGAGGAGCAGUAA